CAGGUGGUUUUCUUUCGGACAUUCCUUUGUGAUCGUUCCAUUCUACGUUUGGAGGUCGGAAUCGUUGGUUGUGUGUGGAGCCGAAGCCACAGUAUCUGCUGGAGAUGUUGUUGAAAGACUGCUUCCGCCGUUCAUCGGAGGAGAUCCUACGGAAAAAGCAGCUCGAUAAAAGGCUUACAGAGAUCAAUCGGAAAUUUAUCGAUUCGAUGAAGAUCCUGCUGCUGGGUGCUGGCGAAUCUGGAAAGACGACCAUCAUCAAGCAGAUGAAAAUCUUGCACGUUCAGAAUGGAUUUAGCUUUGAUGAACGGUUGGAUAAGUUACACGAUAUUAUAGAAAAUAUUCACGAAUCAAUCUUCGAAUUGGUUCAACAAGUGGUUUUAAUGAACCUGCAGUUUGACUCGAUAGAAAAUGGUCGAUGUGCGGAGGAAAUUUUGAGAAUGGGAAAACACGCCCCGUGUUUUCUGAGCAUGGAAUACGUUCAGCGAGUUCGAGCCCUCUGGGCCGACAGUGGGGUGAAGAGGUGCUUCAAGCGAUCAAAUGAAUUUCAACUGAUAGAUAGUACAAAAUAUUUCCUGGAUAGAAUCGAGAAAAUCUCAAUGCCAGGCUACAUCCCCUCGAACUCGGACAUUCUCAACUGCCGGAAGAAAACGACCGGUAUACAGGAGGUUAGUUUUCAGAUCAAAAUGCCCAAAUCGCUUGGCGGUGGAUUUCAGGAGUUUCGCAUAUUCGACGUCGGUGGACAGCGAAGCCAUCGGGUCAAGUGGAUGCAGGUGUUCGAAGGUAUCGAAGCGGUGCUGUUUAUGAUCGCAUGCGGAAGUUUCGACCAAACACUAAGGGAAGACCCCAAGCAGAACCGAUUGUCGGAAGCGUUUGAACUGUUCCGUGGAGUUUGGCACAAUCGCUUCCUUGCGGACACGGGAUUGAUUGUGUUUCUAAACAAGCAGGAUAUACUGGAACAGAAGAUUCUGGCGGGGAAAUCGAUAAAGCAUUAUUUUCCUGAGUACGAGGUGUACGUGGCGACGGCCGAUAGUGAUAAUAUGUGUGAUGAGUUCACGCGAACGAGAUAUUUCAUCAAAUCGAAAUUAGUGGACAUCGCAAACGAACCCCCUCGAAGGACGUCACUCCUGGCACGAGGGAAACGAUCAUGUUACUAUCACUUCACGGUUGCAACGGACACAAAUAAUGUGCGGAUGGUGUUCAACGACGUACACAAUAUCAUACUGGCACGAAAUCUUCAAAGUGUUGGCAUUGUGUAGUUUUUACU